AAUUUCACACGGGUGACGGGUUGCCUUGCCGUGGCUAGAAGAUAGCGUAGCGCGACAGUGUGAGAUCGAGCAGGGAAAAAAAAAAAGGAGAGGUCACGAAGAGAGCUUGGCUUAGCUUCGUGGUGAUAAGGAGGAGGGCACCGACAUGGCCGCAGCCACGGCGUACACCGUGGCGCUCCUCGGCGCCGGCGCCGCGCGCGUGCCCGCCGCAGCUCCACGCUCGGCGGUCCUUCUCCCGCGCCGCGGCGGCGUGCUCCGGCUCCAGGACGCGCCGAGGCUGUCCCUGCUCCGCGUCAGGGCCGCCUCCGAGGACACCUCCACCUCGGCCAGCGGCGACGAGCUCGUCGCCGACCUCAAGGCCAAGUGGGAGGCCAUCGAGGACAAGCCGACGUUCCUUCUGUACAGCGGCGGCGCCGUCGUCGCCCUCUGGCUCACCACCGUCGUCGUCGGCGCCAUCAACUCCGUGCCGCUGCUCCCCAAGAUCCUGGAGCUCGUCGGCCUCGGCUACACCGGCUGGUUCGUCUACCGCUACCUCCUCUUCAAGGAGAGCAGGAAAGAGUUGGCGACCGACAUCGAGACCUUGAAGAAGAAGAUCGCCGGAACGGAAUAAGCUGCAUUAAUCUCUGGGGAAGUUUUGGGUGGCUGCUCUAGCUUCCUCCAUGUGAUGUCUGUAUAUCUCUACGAGAAUAUGUUCUGCUCUCAUGUGUGCAGUAACAACAAACGUAGUGCAAGAUUGUAUCAAAACCUACUAUCAGUUGUUUCUUCGAAAUUCAAACCCUUUCUUCGCUUUUUCUUGUUGUAUGGAAAUGGAGGUGUUCAUAUAAACAGGAGUAUGGGUAGUGUGAGAAAA